GGCCGGAGGGCAGACCAUACACAAGAGCGCAAAGGAAGCAUUAGGAAGGGUAUGACACCAACCAGCAUGCAAAAAGAAUACAAAUUUGGAAACAACAAAAACCGAAGAAAAAAAAAACUUGUGAUGAUAGAUUGUUUCCUCGGAGUUGCACCGACUUAUGAGGAGGCUGAACCCUCGACAAUCUGCGGAAUCUCCGUUGUGGAUGGUUUGGGUAAUGAACCCUUUGACCCAAUGCAUGUUGAAGGCAGCCUGUCCCCAAGCGGAACGUAGCAGCGGGCAGCAACCCUGCGAAGCACCAGGCAACACAGGAGCAGCAACACGGCUGCACAGCGCCCAAAAGGACUGCAAGGAACAACAUGGCAAGCGUAGUGAAGCACAAGUCAACACGUCCAAGGCAACCACGCUGCAAGGAACGGCAGGGCAAGCGGACCAGCAGCUCGGCAACCGUGCAGUGAAGCGCAAGGCAACAGCAACAAGGCAAACAACCUACAAGGCACGCAAGCAGAAAACACGGAAGGCACGGCCAGCGGAUGGGUGGCAACACCGGCAAGGCAGCGGAGCAGCGAAGCGCCAGCCUCCAGGCAACACCAACAGCACGGCCGCACCACACAGCGAACACAGCGACUUGCAUACAACCACAUGUGAAGCAAACAGGACAGGCAGCAAGGCAGCAAUGCAGCGCAGACAAAGCAGUCCACACAUCCAACACGGAGCAAAGCAGCACAUGACCUACUCACAUCACGAUGAACCCCUCAGACUGUUGGUUCCCACCACCGACUGAUCUGGGGAGACACUCCAACGAGCAUCCAUCAUCACCCACAGGCAACACAGACAUCCCAACCAGAGCAGCCCCCCUAAAGUGCUGUAGGCACUCCAAACAACGGACCACCUACUGAUUAGCACUUCUUGAGGGUGCUCACUCCAACAGACAGAAACUACUUAGAAAUUAUUGUCGGAGGAGCAAAAACAAGAAAACAGACAGACGUACAUAAAACUGAUUUUCUGUGUGUGUGUGUGUGUGUGUGUGUGUGUGUGUGUGUGUGUGUGUAAACCCAUGAAUUUGUGUCUUUCAGCCUGGAUGGGAAGGUGCUGUGCGACUGAUUGGGUGAUAAAGGCAUUCGUAGACAUUGCUUCCAGUACCAUAAUAUAUUCACCGCACAGCAUAAUGCACACUCCUUCCCAAACAAAAAACAAAAAAAAGUCGAGAGCGCGAAAAAACGAUGACAACAGAAAUUAAAUUGAAAAAACAACCACCACUGUAAGACAAUGCUUCCACUACCGUAAUCCAUUCUCUGCACAGCAUAACGCGCAGUCUUCAUCUUGCAGCCCUGGACAGUCCUUAGUCUCUGACAGGUGUAUAAAUCAUGGGCAAGCUUUUCAAACAAACAGUUCAAAAUGGCCAACACAACCCAGGGCCUGCAGUACAAACAUAGGUGUGGCGUUCCCUGCUUGUAGUUCGACUGAGGAUAGCCACGGAUGUCUUCUUUCUCCCAAAGUUUAGAAGUUGGUCCACCAUCAUGAUGUUGUAGAGUCUCUUUUCCCCCCGACCCAAGCCACCCUACCCUGCCUACCCAACCUCGUCCAGCCGUAUCGAGUUCCGUUGCUCGCCGUUCCUCUGCCUGCAGCUCCGGGUACACUCUGACGACGGGAGGGGGAGCACCACCUUCUUCACCCGAUCAGAAGGCCCGGUCAUUAUCCCUGUGUGUUGACUGAAAGUUGCCUCAGCCGCCGCACUGGUCCGGUGAAGACGAGACACCAAGACGGCACUGUAAGCUGGUGUCAAUCUCCUCCAGUAAGGAGCAGCUUCUGCUGCAGUGAAUACUUUACAUUUCUUCCUUGUUAGACCAAGUUACUGACGGUACUGUACGGAACUUGGCCAGAAUCACGGUUCGCCUCACAAUUGAGCGUGAUGGGACCAAAAAUUCGACGUUGUCGCACGGCUUGGGAGGAUAUUUGCCUUCUAGAGAAUAGGAGCCACACGGCUUGGCGCCUCGCAGCGGUUAUUCGAAUGGGACCAAUAUUCAUCGGGAGGGCACCGGGUCUGCGAGGCCCCGAGAGCGCUGGGUGUGCAAUAAUAGCAAAAAUAAUGUGUGCGGUCAACGCCCAAACAUUGACCGGGAGGACAGGGAUUAUAGUCCUGGAAACUCCCGACUUGUGCACUUGAGUCCGUAGCUGCAGACUCUUCGAAGAAGAGAGCAGCAGAGAGGCACAGGACCAAAAACAAUACGCCCACAUGGCGCGGUGCCCCUCCGGCUAGCUCCAUGCCGAAUCUCUCUCUCUCUCUCUCUCUCUCUCUCUGACACACACCCAGUGGCACGAGCUUGAUCAAGUAAAAAGCCUCCUCUCUG